AGUGCUUCUGCAAAAACAGAACCAAACAAGCACCAACAACACUUGCUACUAAACUAAACUCCUUCUCUCUCUCUCUCUCUUCCAUUGGAGUUCGCAACUUGCUGCGCCAACUCUCCUAUCCUCUUUGCACAUCGCUUCUUCUAUUCUUGAAUUCCUACUGCUCGCCGGAGCAUCUCGUGUUGUUUCCAAACGUAGUUGCACUCUUGUCGGUUGCAUCUCAGAUUGUGACACCACCGGUUCAGAUUAGGGCUCUUAUUGAGGAUAUAUAUACACAGCUUCCCCCGAGUUCUCUAUAAAACUCCAAGGUUUGAAUUGGCUUUAGAUCUCUAAAGUCGAUACCUUUGGAUCAGUUUCCAAAUGGAUAAUCAUUCUUUGCCGCCAAGCACUAGCACCACCGGACUUGCGUAUCCAUCUUUGGUGACUGGAGGAGGCAAAACUGAAGCUGCUUUGGUCAUGGAUUGGUCUGUUGAAGAGCAGUAUGUAUUAGAGAACGGCCUUGCAAAGUUGAAAGAUGAACCAAAAUUUUCCAAGUAUGUAAAGAUCGCUGCUGCUCUACCAGAUAAAACUGUAAGGGAUGUAGCACUGAGGUGCAGAUGGAUGACGAGAAAACGGAGAAAAAGAGAAGAAAAUAGUGCUGCAAAGAACUUAAGCAAUAGGAAGGUGGUGGAUACAUCCCCAGAACUGAACAUGCUAGCCAAUGUGCCACAACAAAAUGCUUUAUAUGCCAUGAACAAUAACUACCACAGUACAGCACACAUGCCUUUUGAAGGUUUAAGUGACGCAGUAAUGGCUCUUCUACAGCAAAACGCUCAAGCUUUUAGUCAAAUUUCAUACAACCUCUAUGCGUUCAAGCUGCAGGAUAACAUCAGUCUCUUGUAUCAGGCAAGAAAUAACAUCAGCGCCAUUCUGACCGACAUGAAGGAGAUGCCUGGUAUCAUGAGUCGGAUGCCGCCUCUACCUGUUUCAAUCAACGAUGAUCUUGCAAACCGUUUAUUGCCGACUACAACAACACAGCCAAUAUCGUACACCAUUCAACCAAACAUCCACAUGAAGCAAGAGCCGAGAAGUUGAUGGAGGAAAGAUGGAUGCUAAAGAAAAGUAGCACAAGUACUUGGUAAAGUGGAAAUGUUAUCGUGAUCGACAUGACACAGACACACAAGGGUUUAUCAACUUCAGACAACGCCUUCAGAAUACUCACGAGAUCUGACACUCGGCACUGGUGGGAACCGUUGUGCUCUCUCGGGUAAUUUGACUGAGAAGACUGAACUACAGAAGAAUGAACUACAAGGCCAAGGUGUAAAGACUCUCUUUUGGCCUUCAAUAGGAACAUAGGAUGAUUCCUUUGAAAUUCAUAAACAGAGUUCAGGCAUGGGUUGUUGGAGCUCCAAAUCCCGCUGAUGUAAUAAUCUUGUUUAUUGCUUAAAAUUAGUAUAGGGAACAGUUAGUUCUUUUGAGUUUGAUCUUGAGAGGCUGCUUUUGUGUGAUACAGUUGGUUGGUAGUCCUUGCCUUUUUGCACCGAAUAUGAGGCCUUCGGUCCUACAGAGAGAGUUCUAUAAAAAAAAAAAUAUUUUCUCAA